AUGCCUUCUCCUACGCCUAACCUGCGCAGAUCUCUUAUGAAAAACUGGUUUGCCGUUGAGGCCAUCCCGAUCUAUGUUAUCAUCGGGGGAGUCUUAGUCGGAGCCUCUUGGUAUGUGGCCCGUCUGGCUACUGGUCCUACCAUCAUCUGGACCAAGAACAACCCUACCCCCUGGAACACCAUCAAACCGGAUGAGGGCACCAAGCUGAUGUCUGUUAACCAGAAGUUCGAGAAGAGCUGGAGCCGCGACAAGCUUUAA